GGCCUACAGUAUGCCCCCCACCCGAAGCAUCGUCUACCUCCCAUUUUGUCUCCAUAAAGACCUCAACAUGUUCCUGGAAAUUAAUGAUAUCUUUCGUUCUCGGCGGCAUCUCAUAUCUUUUUCACUUCCAAUCUCCCAGCACCAUCACUAUCUCGCACUUCACAUCUCACCUGAUACAUCCUCCUUGUAACCAUCUUUGACUCUUAUCACAUCUGACCUACACAUCUUGAUGAAACUUAUACGCUCCUUGCCCAAGGCCACCAUUGUCACUGCUUCUACGAUGGGUUCUGAGAUCAAACCCCCUGCUUCGGGCAUCCUGACCAGCCCUGAUCGACUUCGCAAGAUUGAUCAAUUGCGUGAGAAGAACAUCGAUGUCAUCUUGCCGUUGCCUACACUGGUUGCGGUCGGUGACCAAAGCUCUGGCAAGUCUUCCUUGCUCGAGAGCGUCACUGGGAUUCCGUUCCCACGCGGCCAGGAACUCUGCACGCGUUACGCAACCCAAAUCACCCACCGCCGCGAUCCUGAGGUGCAGAUAAUCAUCACAAUCAUACCGGCCCCUCAGAGCACCGAGGCGGAAAAAGCCAGUCUCAGGUCUUACCGCAAGGAGCUCUCGUCGACCAACGAGCUUCGUGACCAGUUUGUCAAGAUUCUUGAUGAAGUCAAUGUCUACAUGAAGAUUAAGACGGACAAGAACCCUGAAGGAGAGAAGACCUUUUCCAGGGACAUCUUGAAGAUUGAGAAAUGCGGCCCCACCGAGGACUAUCUCACCGUCAUCGAUGUUCCCGGCAUCUUCCGCCUGACGUCCAAAGGACAAACGACAGAAAGCGAUCGCAACCUGGUUCGAGACAUGGUCACCGGUUUCAUCAAGGACAAACGGACCAUUAUUCUCGCCGUCCUACCUGCCAAUGUGGAUGUCAUGACUCAGGAGAUCUUGGCUCUGGCUGAACAAUACGAUCCGGACGGAGAGCGCACUCUCGGCGUGCUCACCAAGCCCGAUCUGGUAAUUGAGCGCAGCGCUAAAGAAGCGGUUUGCAAUCUCGUCGCGGGAAGGAAGAAGGCCCUCAACCUCGGCUACUACCUUGUCAAGAACCGCGGUGGCGAUGAUGACGAUGACUCUGAGGAUGAUUCUGGUCUUCGCCGGAAAGAGCGAGAUCUCUUCCAGCAGAGCCCUUGGUGUAACUUGCCACAAGAGCGUGUUGGCGUUACCGCGCUUCGUGAGAGGCUUCAGGAUCUGCUGGGUGAGAUCACGGACAAGGCGUAUCCUGAACUUCGCUCCGAAGCGCGCAAGAAGCUCGCGGAGGCCCGGGAUCAACAAGAUGCUCUUGGGCCUCCUCGGCAGACGGAGCGUGAGCAGCAGCAGUAUCUUGCUCAGAUUGCGGCCAAGUUCCAGAGGAUUGUUCGUGCAGCUCUCGAAGCCAAUUAUUCCAGUCAUUCCGCGUUUGACGAACAUAGCCUGAGGCUUAUUACUCAAGUAGUAAGCAUCACAGAUACGUUCAACAACCGAAUGAGACAAAAGGGGCAUACAUACUCUUUUGUGAAGGUGGAAACAGAGGAUUCGGGCGAUCAAUUGGCGAACAAAGCGGAUGACAGUGAAGAAGACGAUGAUCCAGACUACGAUGCCGAGCAGAACGGCGCAGGCGAGGUGGAGAUAUUGCGCCAAAUAUGUCCAGAGUUGGAGAGCAUCAUCAACAUCAUGGGGGAACCUGAAUUCACCGUCAAGCAAGACAAUAGCGACUGGAUUCGGAACAUGUACCUUGAGUCUCGCGGUAUCGAACUCGGCACCUUUAGCCCCAUAGUCCUUGCAAGCGCUUUCCGGGACCAGACGACUAAAUGGAGCCUCAUGACGGAGCACUAUAUCAGCGAUAUAAUCAUAACGAUUCACAUGUUUAUCCUCUCUAUUCUUAAGACAAUUUGCGCCGAUGGAAAGCUUUAUGAGGCGAUCAAAUCCAUCAUCAUGGAUGACCUACUGGCGAGGUACGCGAACGGCAUGGACUAUGCCAAGUUUCUGGUCCAGGUGGAGCGUGAGAAGAAGCCCUAUACAGUGAACCACUACUUCAGCAGCAACCUCCAGAAAGCUCGCGGCGAUCGGGUCUCGGAGGCCCUGAAGGGAAAGCGCUUCUACGAUAACCGCUGCCACAACCCUGGCGCCUAUCUAGUCAAGUUCGACCACGUCAAGUCGGCAAUCACCAACAAAAGCAACCAAGAGCACGCCCAAGAGGACAUCCACGACAUCCUCAAGAGCUACUACAAGGUGUCCCGCAAGCGCUUUGUCGACAAUGUCUGGCUUUAUGCUGUCGAUCAUCACCUUCUCUCCGGUCCGAACAGUCCCUUGACACUCUUCUCGGAACAGUGGGUGCUGGGGCUGGAUGAAGAUUCGUUGAAUGCUAUCGCCGGGGAGUCACGCAGCACCAGAGAUAAGCGCAAGGAGCUGACUAAGAAGAUUGCUGAUUUGGAGGAGGCGCUGAGGAUUCUCAAGUAGAUGGUGUCGGUUACUGCUAUUCAUCGUUUUCUUUUCUAUUUGCUUUGUUGUUUGGGCAGUACAGACGGUCCACGUCACUUCGGAGGAGGGCUUAACAGGCCGAAAAGGGUGUUAUGUAUCUUU